AUGGAAGGAAAAGAGAAUCCCAUGCAGAGGAUAAAGUUAGAGAAAAUAUGUUUGAAUAUUUGCACAGGAAAGAACGAUGAUUCACUGAACAAGGCAGCCAAAGUGCUAGAGCAGCUGACCGGACAGUCUCCUGUUUUCAGCAAAGCCAAGAUCACUCUGAGAGCCUUCGGUAUUCGUAGAAACGAAAAGAUCGCCACGCACGUGGUUGUGAGAGGAGAGAAGGCAAUGGAGGUGCUUGCAGCCGGGCUAAGAGUCAAGGAGUACGAGCUUCCAUACACGUGUUUCUCAAACACCGGGACUUUCGGGUUUGGAAUCCAAGAGCACAUUGAUCUCGGAAUCAAGUACGACACAAACAUCGGUAUUUUCGGAAUGGACUUCAGCGUGGUCCUUACAAAGCCAGGGAAGAGAGUCAGCCAGAGAAAGAAGUGCAGAGCAAAGGUCGGUAAAAAGCAGAGAGUAACAAAAGAAGAGGCAAUUGAUUGGUUUAGAAGCAAGUUUGACGGAAAUGUUAUGGUGGAAAAGACUGCUGAUAAUUAA